AUGUCUAAAAACCCUUUAACCCCUAUUAUGAAGACUAACGAAUUCAAUGGCACGAACUACAAUGACAGGCUUAGGAAUUUUAGGAUUGUCCUAAAUUUCGAGAACCAGAGUUAUGUCCUAGACAAGCCACUCCCGACGGCCUUUUCGGAAGGGUCCUCGCCCGAAGAACGUGUUACGUUCGAGAAGUGGCUUGAGUCCAAUAUCAUAUUAGCUUUGAUGACGAAUGACAUCCAAAAGCAAUAUGACAAGAUAGAAGAUGUUUCCUCGAUAAUGCUUCACAUGAAAGAGGAUUAUGCGGUUCUUGAUAGGCAUAUAAGAUAUGCCGCCACAAAAGCAUUAUUCAGGACCAAGAUGACUGAGGGAUCUUCUGCAACGAUCCAUAAGUCUGCGCCGGUAGUAUUGGUAGGAGAGGCUUCGACUUCCAAGGCGAAAAGCAAGAGGGCCAGACGUUGGAAGUGGAAGAAGGGAAAGGGAAAAACUGUCGCAGCUACUGCUAAUGCUCAUAGCACUUCCGCUAUCCUGGUGGGAAAGGCAAAGGAAAAGGGAAAAAUGGCAGGUCACAGCGUGCUGGAAAGAAACAGAAGACUGCGUAAGGACGAGAUGGUAUUGAGUCUCGGUGAUGACAUGGCCGUUUACAUCCAUAAGCUUGGAGCUGACGAGGAGGUUACCGCCUUCAAGGAAAGGAUUGUGGCAAAAGGAUAUACUCAACGACCGAGGGUCGGCUUUGAGGAGACCAACUCACCUGUAGCCAUGGCCAAGUCCAUUCAGAUACUGCUUGCUAGUGCAGCAUAUGUUUCACCUUUGUUGGAGAAUAGCAGAAGGUUUGUCGUCUCCAAAAGGUCCAUUUAUAGCCUCAAACAAGCUUCUCGAAGCUGGAACACGCAUCUUGAUGAAGUUAUAUGGGGUUAUGAUUUCAUCAAGAAUGAGUUUGAUCCUUGUAUAUACAAAAAGAUCAAUAGGAGCUUAGUUGCUUACCUUGUGCUUUAUGUUGACGAUAUCUUACUCAUUGGAAGUGAUGCCAAGAUGUUGGGAGACACUAAAGCAUGGUCGUCCAGUCAAUUUUUCAUGAAGGAUAUGGGUGAAACGUCCGACAUCCUUGCAUUAAGAUCUACAGGGAUAGAUCUAAGAAGAUAUUAG